GUUUAUACAAAUUUUUAUUAAAAACAAAGUUCAAGUACAUUUAUUUGAAAUAGGAACUACAUUUGAGAAUUGAGAAAAAAUUACAAUAUGAAAUAAAUUUUCUAAUAAAUAUCAAUCGGAAUUUCCGCCACCGAUGGUUGUUGUUUUUCCUUUGUCACAGGACUUGAUAUGUUUUCUUGGCAUCCCGUAUCCGUGUGAACGCCCCAAGCUACACUCUUUUUUGCACCACCUGCAAGUUGCCUACCACAACCCGGUCUUCGGGUCCUUCCACAUAUCAAAAUUGUUUUGCACAAGGGAAGAUUUACUUUCCAUCUUGAAAAUGGUAGAUGUAUAAGUAGGAAUGUAGGAUAAUAAGAGAAGAUAAAGAUUGAAGAUGGAGAAGAGGUGUAGAAAAAUGUUAGAAAAUAUAGUUUUUUUUAACCCCCCACCCCCCAAAAGCUUUGGACCCCCCUGGUACCCACCCAACAGCUAUAUAGCCAUUUGGGAUGUGGGUCAAGAGCCAAACGGCUCUUUAGAGCUGAAAAGGAAAAAAAAAAAAAAAAAAAAAAAAAAAAAAAACGGCCGUUUGGCCCAGACCCGGCCCCGGCCCGGCCGGGUCACCAAACCUACGACCCGAGCCUGUACCCGCUCCACCCCCCGGUUCGGGCAACUACCUGGACCCGAGAACCGGGCCGGGUCGGGCCGGUCCACGGGCCGGGUCGGGCCGGUCCACGGGCCGGGUGGCCCGACCCAAAUCCAACACUAAUCCUACUGAAUAAGUUGAAAGUUACAACACCAAUUGUUUUGCACAAUUGCACAUUUGCACCCACCCCCAAUGAUGUUUGCCUUGACAGGGUUGGAUACUUGGAUGGCGUAAGAAAAUCAAAAUCCCCGACAUGUCAUGCCCCUGUAUUGAUACAAUAAGGAUGAUCUUGUAGGAUUCUUCCACCUUUCUUGGAAGUUGCCAAGAGACAUCUUACACCUUCAUGGAAGGAGCUCUCCAACAAAUAGACAUGAGAAGAUAUGGAGAUGAUUAGGAAGCUUGGAUGCAACUUCCUCUUGUCUCCACAUAGGUAGUGCUGAUGACCUCUACUAUUGAUAGCAAAUCUUUUCCAAUAUAGAUUGUGAAGCAACUAUAAUGAAGGGUAAGUUCAAGUUCCUAAUGUUGAUAUUGUUGUUUAAAUGUACUAGCAUGGAUGAAAUUGAGGUCAAACCAGAGCACAGUUCUAUAGGGUCUGUUUAUUUUACUGUCUGUUUCAGAAGCAGAUGUUUCUGGGAAAAUAAUUUCCAGAAAAAAAAGUCAUUUUCUGGAAACCGAUUCCAUCUUCUAGUGUUUUGCUGAAAGCAAGACCUGUCUUCAUCUGUUUGGUUUAAUUUCCAGGAGUGAUCAGAAAGUAUUACAAAGUUAUUUCCUUCUAGUCAUGUGCAACCGACAUCAAAACCAAUGAAUACGCAUAAAAAAAUACUGUAGCCUUCAUUGUUAAAGCCCAUGUGGUGAUGUAGGACUCCUGCAAACUAACACCUAGAAAAUACCUCUCAUGAUCCUUUGCAAUAGAUUAUACUCAAAAUCUGGUUUAGAAUACAUAGACAUUAACCAAAACCAGAAAUACCAAUCUCAGGCUGGGAUCAACUAACAAGCUGGGUAAUUUAGUUCUUGAUUCCAUGGUGAUGCUGAAAAAAUGGGAAAAGAUUGAAUUGCAACUUUACACAGUCCAGUGUAGCACUUUAAAACUUAAAACUAACAUUUCUCAGGUUGAAAUUUCAGAAAAGACAAAUGGCGACUUGGACAUAAUACACAGAAGCAGCUACGACUUAUGAAAAAGCAUUUAAAAAGGCUGGUGCAGGAAAAGGGCAUCUCUGAAAGGAGAGAACAAGGUCAAAGUAUGUCGAACAGAAACAAAGUUGAAUAUAGACCAUAAAACAUUAAAUAAUAACUAGAAAGUUGUAAGAUUGUAUUGCAUAUGUGACUACUAGAGACUCUAGAGUUUAUCCCAAUCCAAGGCCUCACUAAAGCAUUAUGAUCAAUAUGAAUGGCCUUCCAGAUGAGGUACCUUUUAGCUAUCCCCUCAUAGAGCUCUCGCCUGAAGGGGAGUUGAGGGGGAAAAACUUUGGUGUAUUUGCGUCGUUUGACCGCCAUCCAGAGGUAGUUCUCAUACACUAUUUGCGUUGUUUGAGCACCAUCUUAUCAAAAAUGGGCAGGUCAAGCACAUCUCCCGGUGGGAAAACAGAGUCUAACAGAGCAGAUAGCCAUGACUUGCACAUAUGCUUUAUGAUGCAAGUCUUCUGAAAAUAACCUAUGCACUUCAUUAUGUCAACCAGAAUAUCAUGUGGCAUCUCAUUCCACCUUUUUCCCCUGCUAACAACCUUCAUCUUCUUCUCAAGUCCAAUAGAAGGCUUCUUAGUCCUGUGCAUCAUACAAUCAAAGAUGUUCUCGCUCUGUUGCUUCUGCUUCCAAAAUCUUUUUACCAGUGACAUGGCUCCUCCAACAAUUACAAGCAGAUUGAGAUGGAUCAUGGAUCAAGUAUGUAAAGUAGCUAGACAACUCCAACAUGAUAUGUAGCAUAAUAGUGAUUUAUUUUAAUGUUCUUAGAAAGGAAUUUAGAGUGCAAGUUAUAAUAAUUUCUUGCCAAGGAUUUCAAUGCAUGAAACGUAAAUGUUUUUGGGAACCUACGGAGUACAAUAUAUCUUGUGUAAUUUGUGUGACAAGGAAUCACCUUGAGAGAUACCACUUCAGAAUUGUGUUCAAUAGUCGUUUUUAGAAGUAAAAUUUUAGAAUAUUACUUCUAGUGCUGCUUUUUUAUUUUGAAUUGUUCUUUGAGUUCUGUUGAUGCAAGAUUUCAUUUAUAAAUGUACAUUUCCUUAUAGUCAUUGAUUUAUAUAAGAGACAUCUUUAUACUCCAUCCACAGGCCCGCUCCUAUAGAUUCCGUGAUGUCACGGGUGUGAUGUCACGGAAAUAAUCUGUGACAAAACUUUUGUCACGGAAUUUUUACUCUAUGCCAUCUAUGGUUCAUGAUGUGACAGUCCUUGUUUUUUUGUAGUGAAACUGUGGGAUUGGGGUUUAUCCAGAUGAACGAUAAUUAACAAAAACCAAAAAAAAAAGGUAAAGUGAUAAAGUUUGUGAAACAAUAAAAAAGUAAAAGUUACUAAAGUUGUAACAGAUAUAAUAUGUAUUAUAAUGUAUUAUAAAAAUACAGUUUAAACUAAUUUGACUAAUUGCAUUAAGAGCCCAUUUGGCCAAUUUUUUUGGCUAAGCCGUCUUAUAAUCCAAUUUUUAACCAAACACGUAAAUUUUUAUUUUCGCGUACUGAAAUGUGUAAUGAUCAUAAUAAGUAAGGUUGAAAUUACUUACUUUUCUAAAUGAAUUAACUGAAGAUGGUGUACAUGAUCAUUUUAACUACCUCUAUAUAAUUUUUUUAUUUUAUUAAUAAAAUAUAUUAUAAAUAUAAUUGUUUCAUAGUUCAACAAAUUCCGCCGUUCCAAACAAAUUUUAGUUAAUUUCAACAUAAUCAGUCAAUUCAUCCUAUUUCAAUUUUACCAAUCUAGUUCUAAAAAACUUAAUUAAUUAUUGCGGGUGUGUUUCUACACCAUGCCUAUGUGUAGAAAUUUGAGCCACCUAAAUUAAUUAGUCCAUUUAGAGUUAGUAUCUUUGGAAACCCGAACUGUUUGCUUGAGUUCAAGAGCACUCAACUCACUUUGAAACCCUGCUAAUCUGCAACUUCUUGCCUCCAACAAUUUCAUUUAUGUCUAAAGAUAAUCGGAGGGAGAUAUGUUGCAUAGAAGCUGGGAGGAUAUGAGAGUUUAGCAUGCUCGUUUUACUCAAUGAGUGUCGAACAUCAACAUCACUGUAGUGGAUGAUGAUAAGGAUAUGAUAAACAGAUGACAAAGUGAAAAACUCCCUUUUUAUGAACUUGGUCUGCAACAGUUUAUUCAGCCAUACCACGGAAAUAAAGUCACGUUCAUAUAAAAUAUAGAAGAAACUAUUGGAAUGGCAGAGGUAAUCUUUUUAGCCAUUGAGUUGAAAACUAAAGUGGAAGGUCCGAGGAAAAGAGGGUUAUUAGAAUAUAAUAAGUGGGCGAAAAUGGUUUGUCAAAUUCGGGAACCUAAGUGCCUAAAAUUGUGAUAGACAAAUCCGUUGUACAAUUUGAAAUGCGCACGAUGUUGUCAAGUAAUAUCUAUGCAGCUCAGCAUAUCAUCUUUAGCAACCCUGAAUUUUUUAGUAGGGGACUGCCUUUCAAAACCUUCUAAACCCGAAUAGAGUUGUGUUUGGAAUUAAAACCCCAGGCAGUCCUAUAAAAGAUAUCAUGCAGUUUUAUGAUUGGGUUGAAGAAUAAUCAUGUUACGUGAUGGAUUGCUGAACUAGGAGAGAUUGAAAAGUGAUAAGUAAGAUUGGGUAGUAAAUUGGGCAGAGUAAAAACAAGUUCAUACAACAAGAUUCAGAUCCUUUUCAACAAGCUGGGAGGUGAUAUUUAUAGUAAGGGAGAAAUACUUGAACAACAAGUAAAAAGAUGUUACUCUAUUGUGGUGAAGACACGUACCCCACCUGCCUAACAGAAUAAAUGUACUAGUCUAAUAACAUGGUGACACAUGUAAAGAUGAUUGGAGAGAUAUCUGACACAGCUAGCUAAUUGGUACUGUGUGAGUGUGUAACAGAUUUGUACCGGAACUCACAUGUGUGCCAAACGUGUACGAUCCGAAAUAUUAUUUGUGAUAACUAUCAGGGUAGCGUUGGCCUUGUACAGUGGUAGUGACGUGGCUACAGCUUGCGCGAUACUUGAUUGUUGAAAUGUCUAAGUCCACAACUAGCUAGUGACGCCACGAGCUUUGCAAGGUCAGAGCUCAGAUGCAGUGAGCUUGUCACAAGAGGAUUCGAUAUUGGUCUUCUAUUUGUCCGGUAAUGAUGGUUCCAUUACUCCCGUUGACUUCGUACCCGUGAUCAAGGUCAGAUUUGGUGCCGACCUCGACGGGUGUUGAGCUCAGAUUUGAUCUUGUCUUGAUAAUCUGGGGGGUCAAUGUUGGCACGACCUCGGGUGGGUCGAGGUCGGCCUCGGCGGAAUAUUAACUUGGUGUUCUGGAGCCUCUCUUUGUUCGUGAAAGUUGAUACCCUUGGGAUGUAUGAGAAUAUACUCCAUCAUUAUGAUUAUUAAUCUUUGCAGUGGGGUGGAGGUGGAGAAAUUUGCUAGCAACAUAUUCCUUGGAUUGAACGGGAUUAUCAGCAAUAUUAUAGCUUCUAUUAGUCAAAAAGUUAGGGUAGAUAUGCUUGAUGUAACCAAUGUUGUUCAAGGGGACAGGAGAUUGCACCGAAUACCAAAGUCUCAUGGUGUUAUAGGCGGACCCUCAUUGCAGAGGGACAUACAGUUUGCUGCGUAUUUGUGUGAGGAGUAGAAUCUCAAAGAACCGUCUCACUUUUUUAUGCUUUCUAUAAAAAUUAAUAAGAUAAAAGAGGAUUUUGUACAAAAAAAAAUGUUUGAGAUGAUGGUUUUCCUAAAAGAUAUAGUCAUUAUUGUUUUGAGAUUCGCUUUCAAAGAAAAUACGAAUGACAUGUCGGACUCCGCUGCACUAUAUGUUUGCAUGCUUCUCUUCUAGGUUUGUGAAUUCCGGCGAACUACAAGUUAUAAAUGUUAACCAAUUAGGUCCAAUUUUUUCGUGCUGCAUUGUUGACAACAACAUGAAUAAUAUGAACAAUCCAAAGUUCUUUUUUAAAUUAUUCAUGAGAGAGCCAUGUGGCAGCUUAAGUAAAAAAAACUUUGGAUUGAUCAUAUUAUCAAUGAUGUUGGCAACAAUGUGUCACACAAAAAAAUUGGACCUAAUUGGCACACAUAUGGCAUCAUCUCCAUUCCAAGCUGCGGCCAUUUGGUUACAAUUCAUAACUUUAGUUUGCCGGAUUCACAAACCUAGAAGAGAAACAUGUCUCUAUAACCCCAACAUGGACCCAAGAGUGAACAACCCGAACCAAUGCCUUUUCUUUUAAUAGUCCCAAACAUAUAUUCUAAUGGAGUCUGAAAUGUCAUUCGUAUUUUCUUUGAAAGCGAAUCCCAAAACAACAAUGACUUCAUCUUUUAGGAAAACCAUCAUCUCAAGCAUUGUUUUUUUUUCAAAAACUUCUUUUAUCUUCUUGUUAAUUUUUAUAGAAAGCUUAAACAACUUAAACGGUUCUUUGACAUUAUGCUCCUCACACAGAUACGCAACAAAUUGUAUGUCCCUCUGCAAUGAGUCUCCGCCUAUAACACCAUGAGGCUUUGGCAUUCUGUGCCACCUCCUAUCACCUUGCGCAACAUUGAUUACAUGAAACACAUAUACACCAACUUUUUGACUAAAAGAAGUUAUAAUAUUGUUGAUAAUCCCGUUGAGGUCCAAGGAGUAUGUUGCUACUUGCUAGCAAAUUUCCCCACCUCCACCCCACUGCAAUGAUUAAUAAUCCUAAUGUGAUUACUCUCAACCCAAUCAUAAAACUGCAUGAUAUCUUUUAUAGGACCGCCUGGGGUUUUAAUUCCCAGUACAACUCUAUCUGGAUUUAAAAGGUUUUGAAAGACGGUCCCCCUACUAAAAAAUCAGGGUUGCUAAAGAUGUCAUGUUGGGUUGCAUAUAUAUUACUAUACACCAUCUUGCGAAUAUGGUUGAACAUUUCAAAUUGCACAACGAAUUUGUCUAUCACACUUUUAGGCACUUGGCAUGAUCCCUAAUUUGCAAAACCAUUUUCGCCCACUUAUUAUAUUCUAAUAAUCCUCCUUCCCCAGAUCUUCCUAUUUAGUUUUCAACCCAAUGGCUAAAAAGUUGAGCUAUGUCAUUCCAAUAGCUUCUUCUACAUUGUAUCUGCACAUGACUUUAUUUUCAUGAUAUGGCUGAAUAAACUGCUGCAGAUCAGGUUCAUAGAAAGGGAGUUCUUUACUUUGUCACCUGUUAAUCAGAUUCUCAUCGUCAUCUACUACGGUGAUGCUAACGUUCAACGCUCUAUGGACUAAAACGACCAUGCUAAACAUUCCUAUCCUCUCAGCUUCUAUGCAACAUAUCUCUCUCGGAUUAGCUUGAGAGAUAAAAAAAAUUGUUAGAGGCAAGAAGUUGCGGAUUAGCAGGGCUUCAAAGUGAGAUAGUUGGGUGUUCUUGAAUUCAAGAAACACUCUGGGUUUCCAAAGAUACUAACACUAAAUUGACUAAUUAAUUUAGGCGGCUCAAAUUUUCAUAUUUGCUUCCAUUGUGGAUAUCUUAUUCCGACACAUAUGCAUGGUGUAGAAACACACCCGCAAUAAUUAGUUAUGUUUUUUAGACCUAUAUUGGUAAAAUUGAAAUAUGAUGAAUUGACUGAUAUGUUGAAAUUAAUUAAAAUUUGUUUCAAGCGGUGAAAUUAUUCGAACUGUGAAACAAUUAUAUUUAUAUUAUAUUUUAUUAAUAAAAUAAAAUAAAAAUUAUAUAAAAGUAGUUAAAAUGACCAUUCAAUUUUACCAAUUCAACUAGAAAAUAAGUAAUUUCAACUUUACUUAUUCUGCUCACUACACAUUGCAGUGCGUGAAAUAAAAAUUUACGUGUUUGGUUAAAAAUGGAUAAUAAGACUGUUUAGGCAAAAAAUAUCACAAAUUGGGAUCUUAAUGUAAUUAGUCAAAUUAGUUUAAACUUCAUUUCUAUAAUACAUACUACCUUUGUUACAACUUUGGUAAAUGGUCAUUUUUUUUGUUUCACUAACUUUAUCACUUUUCCUUUUAGAUAUUUUUUGUUUUUAUUAAUUAUCGCUCAUCUGCAUAAACCUCAAUCACACAGAUUCUACUAUCUUAUUCCACGUUUCAAUCAAAUUUGGCAAAAUUAUAAGGCUAUGUUUGCAUAAGCUUAAAAGGGACUUUCUUUGGCUUUUAGCUUUUGGAAAGCUAAAACUGAUGUUUUUUAAAUGGGAACUUUUACUUUGAGUUAAACAACUUCAAGUCAAAAGUGGAAAGAGGUGUUUUCAGUUGCUUCUUGGUAAAAAAAAAACAGACAUGUACCUACCUCAUCACUCGGGGCUUCUGGACAUAAUUGUCCACGGCAGGGCCACCUGGUGGGUUGUCGGAUGUCAAGUAGAAAUAACCGUCGAUUUGUGAAAUUGAAACUCAGCCUCACGUAGAACACGUUAUCCUCGGAAAGAUUUGGUUGAGCGCAUUGGUGCUUUCCCGGGGCCCACGGGCCGCGAUUGGUCACUUCGCGCCUAGCGGCAUAGACGGUACAAGGGUACGAUCGUCAACCGAGCACUCGGUGCCGUGCGGGAUCGUGUGCACCCCCUAAUUUAAAAUACGUCACCGGGAAAAUGCCCUUCAGAGACGCUCCGAUCACUUACUAAAGUCAAACGGUAGUGGGCCGAUGGGCCCACAAAAUUCAGUCAUUUAAUUAAAACUAGACGCAAUACCCGUGCGAUGCACGGUACAUCUAGAGCAGAAUAAAAACUUGUUUAAAACUAAUGUUGAUUAUGGUCGUACAUAAUAUGCAAUUGUUUUAAGUAAAAAAAUAUAGUAGAGUUUAUGUGUUGUAAGUUUGCUUAUAAAAUGGCAGUUUGUAGGACAAACAAAAUGUUGAUCGUAUGAAAAUUUGCAAGUAAAUUUAAAAGGUAAGAUGUAAGAAUAAGUAGUACGGAGUACUUGAUAAAGAAAUACCAUGAUUACAUUCCACAAUUUAAGUGUCUCCUUCGAUGGCCCUAAAGAAACUUUAUAAAAAUGAAUUGUCAUAUACGUUGGCACUGUACAAAAAAGAUCAUACCUUUUAGAAAAGUUUUUUAUAAACCAUAUUAUCAAUAAUGUUGAUAGCACGACUUUUUUAAUCACAUAUAAGAAUGUUUAACUUACUACUUGAGGUGAUUCUUGACAUUACAACGUACAAAAUAUGGCUCCUUAAGGUAACCCUUGGCAUUGCAAGGUAGAAUUGACCAUGUGUAAUUUUUUAUCUUAUCCAUAAUGUUGCUUAAUGCAAAGAUUGUAAUUGGCAAAUGAAAUGAUGAUUUGGAAAUUAAUGCAUUCAAAUUUGAAAGGGAAUUAUUAUGAUAUCCAAUGAGAAGAAUGAUAAUCUUGAAAUGAAAACCUUUUGACCAAUAUUUUUGUUAAGUAUAACUUUCGCCUCCAAAUAUAAAAUUAUGGCACUUUAAAUUUUUUGUAAGAAAUCGAAUUACAAAUAUAAAAUUAUAGCACUUUGAAAAGCAGGUGUUUUUUAAGAGUUAAAAUAUUUUUUACGUUUACAUAAUCAACAUUGGUGUCAUAUGAAAGAUAAUAGAAAGUUAUUAAUUUUUAUACAUUUUUUUGUAACAAUCGGAGUACAGUUAGAAAAGUUAUAUUACUUUAAAAAUUAUUUCUUAAAGUGUUAAAUUAUUUUCAUUUUUGUAUAUUAAACAUUGGGGUGUCAUAUGAAAGAUAAUAAAAGUUAUGAGUUUUGAUAUUUUUGUAACAAUCGGAGUACAAAUAAAAAACUUACAACACUUAAAAAACAUGAGAUUUUAUUUUGGUGGGACCACAACUGAUUAUGUCCUCUUUGUCACUUUUCUAAAAAACGGCUGUUGUCAAUUUUUAUUGUUAAUAAUUAAUGUUCCUUGCCAAAUUUACUUUUUUCUUUAAUUAAUUCACUAUUAUUUCCACAUUUUAGGUAGGAAUAUUACCAUUGUUAUAAAUUAGCCGUGGAUUAUAUAAGAAAACUAUUUCUUACUUUUAUUCAAAGGCUUUUAAUAUUAUUUAACACCUAGGUUGUUAGAAUAAAGCUAUGAAUAAUAUUUUCUAGCUAUUGUUAUUAUUUCCGUAUUCAAGAAUUAUGGUUAACGGUUGAUGUGUAUUACAACCCAUAUUACUUUAAUUUCUUGUAUUAAAUGUUUUAUUUAUUUAUUACGGAGUAUUAAAAAAUUAUCAUCACUUUUCGAAUCAAUGCUUGCUUGCCUAUUUGGAAAUAUUGAAACGGAUGGCUACAGUAUGUUAAGACUUUCCUUUAAUUAAUAUUCCCAAUUGUGAUGUCUUUGUAUUAACGUGGUAAUAUAUAUAUUACGUAGUAUAACUUUAUAUAUUUCCUUUAUUAACAUUUUAGUAUCCAUAUGAUAUGCUUUCCUUUUACUUUCACAUGCACUGGGCGGAAAAAUUGGAGACAAAAGUUAUAAUAACACUGCUACUUCAUAUUAUAUAAGGAUAAGGAUAUAUUGAUAUUCUUCCAGACUUGAAAUUCAUAGGACUUUCAAAAACGUAUUAUAGCCUCAAAAUGCUUCUUCAUGUGAAUUUAUACACAUGAUAUUGCUUCUUUUCCAUAGAGAUACUAAAUUAUUGAUAUCGCAAGUAUUUGAAAGUCCUAAUAUGUACUAUGUAUUAAAUUGCCAUACAGAUAUUAAAUUAUUGAUUAGUGUAAAAUGUAUUAUUAUUCUCCUUUUUCAAAUUGGAAUUUGAAUUUUGAAAUAUAUAUUGAUUUUAUACACGUAUAAAAUCUUACCAUAUAAUUCUUAGUGAUCAAUACACGUAUUGAUCAUUUGAUCUUGCCAUACAUAUGCAGUCAACGUUUAUUUUCGAUAUAAAGAUGAAUGCAUGUUUAAAAAUGGUAAGAAUUAAAUUGUUAUUAUUAUAAAAUAAAUGAUCCUAAAGUAAAAUGAUUGCAAACGUUUCAAUCUUUCAACGCAUAACGUAAUGGGCUGGGCGGGAUUAUAUAUUUGCAGUGCAUAUAUUACAUUUUUACCCCUCUUUUGGGCAGCAAUUUUGCCUCCAAAACUUUUGCAGACUUUGCUACUUUAUAUAAUAUAAAGAUAAAGAUGACGGUGGGUCUAUCACUUGAGUUUGGCUCGACGUUGUGUAAUUCGGUACAUUUUAACACCUAAUAAAUAAGGGGGGAAUAAUUAAAACAGCUCAAACUUUGAAUGGGUGUGAGAUAAACACCCCAAACUUGCAUAUGUAAUUGAAAUACCUCAAACUUCAUAAAAACGUUAUUUAAGCACCAUGGUCAUGUAUUGUUUUUUUCAAAAAUGUAAAUUUAUGCUGUUAAUUGCAUAAUUUAAAAUAGAGAAUUAAAAGCAUUGUACCUAUAUAGAUUGAGGAUAAUAUUGUUUAUUUUACCAUGGAAGUUAAAAAUGUUAAUUGUGUCUUCAUGAAUGUUAAAACAUUUUAAAAUAUGCAAUUAACACCAUAAAUUUAUAUUUUUGAAAAAGAUAAUAUUUGACUAUGGUGCUAAAAUAAUUUUUUAUAUAAAGUUUGGAGUACCUAUAUUACAUAUGCAAGUUUGGAUGUUUAAUUCACACACCUUCAAAGAUUUGGGUGUUUUGAUUAUUUUUUUCCCCAAUAAAUAAUGGGGACAACAAAUAAUAGCAAUAAUUUAAUUGUACCAAUUUAGAAGUAUGGGUACUUAGCUCUUGGAGACAAGAACAUGGAAAGCUGGUUGACUGCCCAAAUAAGAGGAUUGAUGGCCUCAUCUCAGAACCAAAGAAUCGGAUAUGGAGUAUCUCUUGGAGAGUCAGAUAAAACACCGGCUCACUGACCAAGGCCAAACUGCAUGCGCCGGCUACUUACCGACGGAGGUACGAACAUUUGCAGCGGAGCAAGGAUUGCCACAGGGUCUGGUUUCGGUGAGAGAUCUGCUGAGCUUCGAAUGUACUUUUCCUGAGCUCCAAACCACCAUUAAUGGCGGAAACCAAGGAUAUCCCCGCUAGGAAAUCUUUCGAGUCGGAGUGACCACCGGUUGGCAGCUGGAGACGAACGGCCGUGCUGAGUUUCAGCCGGAUGAACCCUUCGAUGUUGUUGCUGCUUGCGUCGUGGGCUAAGCUCUGGAACAGCCAUUAAUGGCGGAAGCUCACUGGGCUCUUGGUCGAGCUGCGACGGAAGCAGAGAAAGGGCCGGCGACGGCGGCGAGGCGGAUGGACCCACUGCUACGACGUCUGCCGGUGCCGCGACGCGGCUGGGGUGGGUGAGUAGUCGGUGACGAAAUCAGGGAGGGGCGGAUCUAUAGCUGCCCCAAUAAAAGCCAAUAAUCUCUUCUAAUCCAUUGGUGAAUAUUCCCCAAUAAAAAAGGGAAUUUUUCACAAAUAGACUAAGUGAAAAUAAUAUCACUUUUGUCACCCUUAAAAGUUUCUUUCAAAUAUAGAUUACUUCUAACUUUCUUUUCAAAAAUAGACUCUCCACGUGUACCAAAAUCCACCGAACUCAAAUUUCUUAUUAUUCUUGCACCCAGCUAGCUAGUGUUUGAAUCAGUGCUUCGUUUUUCACCCAGCUUCGUUUCUAAGCAUUAUAAACUACUUGUAUAUGAGUUAAUUUAAUUAAAAAAUAAAAAAGUUGAGUGCUGCAUGUGGGCUUCGUCACCCGGCAUAAAGUUAGAAAAAUAAAAACAUGUAGAAAUCUUAAAUAAUAAAAACUUGAGAAAUAAUUUUUGUUGUAGUGUUUUAAGUAGAUAAUAUAAUUCAUUUACAAAGUAUAAAAAACAAAAAAAAUUAUAAAAAAGUAAAAAAUAUUUAAAAAUCUAUAACCUUAAAGUUUUUUAAAAAACAUGAAAUUAAGAUUAAAAUCUUGAGAAAUAAUAAAUUAAAUAUAAAAAAAUAAAAAAUAUAAUAAAUAUCACGAAAUACAAAGUAUAACUUUUGAAAGUAAUUUUAUUUAAACUAGUCACAUUUUAAUUUUUUAAAAGUUAAAUUAUUUAAAAUUGUAAAUAAUUAUUUUUAAACCAAUUAUUACUAUUAUUGUUGUUUUUAUGUUGCCUUUUGUUGCAUUAUAUUUUAUAUGGUUACUUUUUUGUUUCCU